AAUAUACUAUUAACAAUAGUGAUAUCACAUUGCCUAUUGAUAAGACCGACGGUUCAAAACACAAACUAUGGACUGGACUCAAAAAUCAAUUUUUACAAACAUUUUUUCUACCAUGAAGUCUUAGUUUUUGUUUUUUACCAAUGCAUUCGUUAUGGAAUGAACUGUGAUAACAGUUUGUUUUGUACUUUCGAACUGAGAUCGCGUGGUUUGGAAACGCAUGUCUAUUGUCUAAACAACGCAAAUUACAGAGGCCCAGUUUUGUUACGGACAUUUUUUGGUGGAGGAAAUCAUCGGAUUGUACCUACAAGGCUACAACUUGCGUGAAUCGAUUUGAAAUGUUGUGCCUAAACAAUCGUAGCAAAAUAAAAAUGAGGCUAAAUAUUCAACGACAUCGACAAAAACUUCUUCAGUAUUUACAGAACUCUGGUGAUACUAUUUUAAAACCUAAAAUCAAAUUAGUUUCAAAUAGUUUAGAAAAAAUUAUUUUCAAGCACGAUGUAAAACCAAAAAUUGCUCUAAGUACUGAAUUACUAAACAGAAAACUUAAACCAACCAAGAUUAGAAACCAUAAAACUAUAUCAACUGAUACCCUGGAUCAACUUCAACCAAACAUUAAAGUAAAUGUAGAAGCUGAACUGCCUUCAUCAAAUAUUGAGUUGAAACAAAGAUCUAUAUCAAACAAUGAAAUAAUAGAUCCUCUUGAUCCUCCUAAACCUAUGAUAAAAAAACUUAAAGAGCAAUUGAUCGAAGAGCUAUAUAACAGUAGUUCAGAAUCAGAAGAUAUUGAUGAUGACAUUUCUGUUGGAAGUAAUGAAAAUUGGAGUGAAAUCCCUGAUGAAGCAGUUAAAUAUUAUGAACAAGAACAACCGGUCGAUGAAAAAAAUAAAGGACUAUAUUCGUAUUACCUGAACUCCAGUAAGAAAAAUCAGACCAGAAAAUCUCAACAUAAAAGUAAUAAGUCUGAUCAGAGGUUUAGAAAACCCCAUGAUAGGUCUUUACAUAAUGCCAAAGAACGAGCAUGUCGAGAAGAAAUAGCCAAAAAAUUUGAUAUUCUAAGAAAAUAUUGUAGUUACUUGAACUCAAAUAGACGUGUGCCAUCAAAACAUAGCAUACUUUUAGCUGCCAAAAAAGAGUGCGAUUUGUUAAAACAUUUUGAAAAUAAAUUGAUCGCAGAAAAAAAGGAAUUAUGUAAAGCAAACAAUCUUCUAAAGGAGAGGAUAUCUAAUAUCAAUAAUAAAAACUCCAAAGACGACAUAAAAAUAGAAUUAGAAAUUUAGACUGAUUAUGUAUUGCUGGACAAAACAGGAACAUAUUGUGGUAAUUUUGUAAAUGUAUAAAUUAAACACAAUGUAUCAACUAUUCUGAUCAACUAAUUAUUUAUUUUAAUUGGUAUAAAAAAAAAUAUGUAUAUUAUUUUGAUAAUAGUUUAUAAAUAUAUUAAAUGUAUUAUUAUGUUAUAUCUAGGGCCUGGAUUCCAAUGCAAAGUGCAUAUUUUUUUGGUUGAUCUUACACAAUGCUUUCUAAGUACAUAAUUUGUUUCAUGUAAUGAGGGUUUCAAAGCUACAAAUUGUAUUUUGCAUUUUUUUGCAUGUUUCGACAUUUUUUCAUUUUUAGAGCAUUUUUAGCAUUAUUGGGUUAUUUUAUU